CCAUCCUCCGUUCCCUGGCUAAUCGCCAUUGGGGACUGGAUGUGGCGACCCUCUCCCAGACCGGGAUCUUCCUGAUCUCCCAUGUCCUUGGUUACGGCAUCUCGGUGUACGGUUCGUGCGCCACGCAGGCCGCGAUGCAAAAACUGAACACGCGCGUGGUCAACCCCGCGGCCAGGCUGGUCCUCGGCACUUCCCGCACCCAGCGUCUAGAGGCGUUGUACAUGGAAAGCGGCAUGCAAAGUGUGUUUAACCUGUACACCGUGAGGCUGGCGUCAUUCGUCGACAGGUUGCUCCGCGCGUCGGCCACGCCGCUACGCGAGCGCGUAGCGGAAUCGGUCCCCGGACUCCAAUACGCGCAUGCGCCGGCCUUGCCAGUGCGUGCUGCGGAAGUCCAGGACCCUGGCGACCUCGCCGCACUACGACCUGCAUGCCCUCUCACGGCGGCAAUAACGUCGUGGACGCAUUGGGCCGCCCUCCCGGUAGGGCAACCGCAAGCAGAGAUCACCUCGGGACAGGAGCGCCGCCUGUAUCAUACAUACGCGCCCGAGUUGCAGUCUGAGGCAGAAGCCGACCGCGCCUUUGCUGCUCCCGCGGGGUCGUGUCCGCCUUGGGCGAUGGAAGCGGUCAAAACGCUUGAAAGCGCGGGCUGGAGUCGACAUCAGGUGCAGAGGCUCACGGCCUUUCGGCCCCGGUCCGGGGCUUUCCACAGUGUGCACAUCCACACGCACGAACUUGCCGGCACCAGGGACGAAGUGCGCUCCCGCUACAAGUACACCGGCUCGUGCGACGGGGCGCACCUCCAGUCCAGUGGGCGAGGGGCCUCGGCAGCAUACCUCCACGGCGCCCGCAGUGCGCGCGUGCUAACAGGCACCUGGGGAGGC